GAUUUUGCUUGGACAUUGUGGAGAAGUGUUAGCCCCAAUGUGGACUGAUCUGGGAACAGUGGGAAAUUAACUUCUUGUUGGUAAAUAUCAGGCUGAGGUGAGAAAGCGACAUUUUCACCGUCCAUCUUUGCUGGUUUACCAUGCUCCCAGGAUGGUGGGAGUGUGUGUUUUUAAGAUGGAGAGUGUAUGCUUCUGGGUUCAAGUUCACAGGUGUCUCUGCUGGUUAUCUGCACUCACCUUGGUAACAGGGAGAAAGUGAGUGAAUGGAUUCCAAGAACUUACUGAUGGAAGUCUAAUUCAGGAGUUGGUUCUGCAGCCAUGGAGAUCAUGAUUCUGGAAGGAGGUGGUGUAAUGAAUCUCAACCCCGGCAACAACCUCCUUCACCAGCCGCCAGCCUGGACAGACAGCUACUCCACGUGCAAUGUUUCCAGUGGGUUUUUUGGAGGCCAGUGGCAUGAAAUUCAUCCUCAGUACUGGACCAAGUACCAGGUGUGGGAAUGGCUCCAGCACCUCCUGGACACCAACCAGCUGGAUGCCAGUUGUAUCCCUUUCCAAGAGUUCGACAUCAAUGGCGAGCACCUCUGCAGCAUGAGUUUGCAGGAGUUCACCCGGGCGGCAGGGACGGCGGGGCAGCUCCUCUACAGCAACUUGCAGCAUCUGAAGUGGAACGGCCAGUGCAGUAGUGACCCAUUCCAGUCCACACACAAUGUCAUUGUCAAGACUGAACAAACUGAGCCUUCCAUCAUGAACACCUGGAAAGACGAGAACUAUUUAUAUGACACCAACUAUGGUAGCACAGUAGAUUUGUUGGACAGCAAAACUUUCUGCCGGGCUCAGAUCUCCAUGACAACCACCAGUCACCUUCCUGUUGCAGAAUCACCUGAUAUGAAAAAGGAGCAAGACCCCCCUGCCAAGUGCCACACCAAAAAGCACAACCCGAGAGGGACUCACUUAUGGGAAUUCAUCCGCGACAUCCUCUUGAACCCAGACAAGAACCCAGGAUUAAUAAAAUGGGAAGACCGAUCUGAGGGCGUCUUCAGGUUCUUGAAAUCAGAGGCAGUGGCUCAGCUAUGGGGUAAAAAGAAGAACAACAGCAGCAUGACCUAUGAAAAGCUCAGCCGAGCUAUGAGAUAUUACUACAAAAGAGAAAUUCUGGAGCGUGUGGAUGGACGAAGACUGGUAUAUAAAUUUGGGAAGAAUGCCCGAGGAUGGAGAGAAAAUGAAAACUGAAGCUGCCAAUACUUUGGACACAAACCAAAACACACACCAAAUAAUCAGAAACAAAGAACUCCUGGACGUAAAUAUUUCAAAGACUACUUUUCUCUGAUAUUUAUGUACCAUGAGGGGAAAAAGAAACUACUUCUAACGGGAAGAAGAAACACUACAGUCGAUUAAAAAAAUUAUUUUGUUA